CCCAGAUCCUCCAAGCCCUGUUCUUCUCUUUUCCAGACUAUCAGUUAUACAGUAGUACCUCAAUCCCCUCAUCAUACCAACCUACAUUUCCUAGAGUACAACACCGCCAAAAUGCCUCUCGCACUCGAUGACUUCCCCUCCUCCGCCGCCUUCGACGCGAUCCAAGCCUCCCUCUCCGCCUCCCCUGCCGACCGCAAAGCAGCCAUCAAAUCCGGUAACGGCAUCUUCGCCUUCACCCUCAAAAACAACGGCAAAGAGGAGUCCUGGCACAUUGACCUCAAGGAGACGGGCACAGUUGGUCGCGGCGUUGCGCCUGAGGGCAAGAAGGCGGCCGUUACGCUGGUGCUGAAUGAUGCUGAGUUUCAAAAGCUGGUCGCGGGCAAGGCAAAUGCGCAGAAGCUGUUUAUGAGUGGGAAACUGAAGGUUAAGGGUGAUGUGAUGAAGGCAACCAAGCUGGAUCCUAUCUUGAAGAAGGCGCAGGCGCAGGCGCCGCAGAGCAAGCUGUAGAUACCACCGCCUUGUUGCGGCACGUUCAAUGUUCACAGUCAGAAAUUCAUCAUUCA